UGAGGGCACGACUGCGGCCCGAGGGGGAGAGGGAGCCUUUCUCCCAGGUGUACCAGGAUCUGCGGACGAGCUGCCUGCUCACAGCCGGGUGUGCACUUCGCUCCCUCCCAUGCAGCCGGGCAGUGGUUGUCUUCGCCUGCGGCCUGCCAGUGAUGCUGUGAGUCUGCCCCCAUCGCAGGCGGGGGUCUUGAUGGCUCUGCCUGGCCCCGGGCCUGGCAACCGAGAUUCAUUUUUCGUGGAUGGGGGUGACUGUGCGCUUGCAGCUUACCCCGAACCUUCACGCUAGGUGGAGAGACGGGAGGGGGGACGGUGCUAACAGCCUGGGAGGAAGCAGCUAGCCGGGGUUUAUUGCAAGUGAGCCUGUUGCUGGGGAGCGAGACCAAGAGCCUGUCAGCUCCACACCCCAUCAGCACUUGUGGCUGAGGCAAAUACUCCCUUUCCUGCUCCCUUCUGUGCAGAUACACCAACCCCGGGCCCCAGGACAGGCCCAACCUGUCUUCCCCGCUGCCCCUCCCAGCAAGAACAAACAAGCGAGGUACACACACAGAACAGGACAUGCCAGCUGUGCCUUGGGCCGAGUAUACGAAGCUGCUGGAUGGAUCAAGUCACUGCUGGUACUUCAGAGGAGUCAGUCGAAACGAGGCCCAGCAGCUCCUUCUUUCGCCGCCCAAUCAACAUGGCUCCUUCCUCAUCCGCGACAGUGAGAGUAGCCGGGGGGAGUAUUCUCUGUCAGUCCGUAAUCAUGCUAAAGUCAGUCAUUUCCGGAUCUGCAAGGGGCCAGACGGAGGGCUGUACAUACAGAAGGGAUGCCCUUUUCCCAACCUGGAGGAGCUGCUCACCUAUUACACAGUAAAUUGGAAAGUUGUACAGAGCCCCUUGUUACAACCCUGCAUCCCUAAGACCCCUCUGGUGAGAGAUGCAUGGGAACGGCCCCGUUCAGAAUUCAUCCUCGGGAGGAAACUGGGGGAAGGAUACUUCGGAGAGGUGUGGGAAGGAUUGUGGAAGAACAUGGUGCCAGUUGCCAUCAAAAUCAUAAAACAAGCUGACAUGAAGGCGGAAGAUUUCACCAAAGAGAUUCAGAAUCUGAAGCGGCUGAAGCACGAGAGGUUGAUCCAGCUCCAUGCCGUCUGCUCUGUGGGCGAGCCCCUGUACAUCGUCACCGAGCUCAUGAGGAAAGGCAACCUGCAGAGCUACCUCAGCAGUCUGGAAGGGAGGGCUCUGAGCACACUCCACCUGAUCAGCAUUGCUUGCCAGGUCGCCGAUGGGAUGACGUACCUUGAAGAACAGCACAUCGUUCACAGAGACUUGGCCGCUAGGAACAUCCUUGUGGGAGACAACCUCACCUGCAAAAUCGCUGAUUUUGGACUCGCCAGGCUCCUCAAGGACGAUAUUUAUUCCACCAGCGGCAGCACCAAAAUCCCAGUGAAGUGGACGGCCCCAGAAGUAGCAAACUACCGCACCUACUCGCUGAAGUCCGAUGUUUGGUCCUAUGGGAUCCUGCUCUAUGAAGUCUUCACGUACGGGCAGACCCCGUAUGAAGGAAUGACGAACCAAGAAACCAUACAGCAAAUCAGCAUGGGUUACCGCCUCCCCCGGCCAAGCACUUGCCCUCCUGAGAUCUAUGGCGUCAUGCUGGAGUGCUGGAAGGCUAACGCUGAGGAGCGGCCCACCUUUCUCGCUCUGAGAGAGAAACUCUGCUCCAUUUACAGACGGGUGCACAAUUCACUCUCCUGAUGGAAAUGGCCUUACACCCCACCCCCAUGAUUAUUUGGGGUUCCAUUCCCAUGCCCACCAAGUGUAGCAGCACUACAGGGAGUACCCAUGCCAUUGGCUACCCGUGCAGGACUUGAGUCCAGCGGGCAUUGUUGUGUUGCACAUUUCAGAUGAAGAUACACAAGGCCUUCUCCUUAGGAGGGACAGAAAACCAUGCUCCAUUUUGGAGAAGUUUAGCCUCCUUGCUAUGGUCUGGCUGCUCCCUCCACAAGAGGACUAUUCAUUGUAGAUGUGGUACAGCAAAGAUGUCACCCUGGGUAUAAGAAGUUCUUAAUCUAAACAGUACGGCAGGGUUUCACAAGCUACCCACUGCGUUGAAAGUGAAGUUUUCUGUUUACUUUGUCUGUGUAAAUUACUGAUUGCUAUGGAUUUAUUCAUGACGUGUGUCUGAUUUAUUUAUUGAUCAAUGCAUGUAAACCCACCCAGUUUUCACAGCAUGUGCGGACAAUGUAACUCUUCAGCGUACUUGCUAAUAUCAGUGGCAGGACCGUGUUGUAGUUCACAGCAAGAAAAAGCCGUGUAAAUCCCUGCUUCCUCAUAGGGGUUUGGAGACAUCCACAUAUGAGCAGAAUUUGAGUCUCAGAUCUGCCUGGACUUUUCCCUCUAUGCCUGGAACUGUCAAUUACCACUCCCCCCAUUCCCCACAAUUUGGGGAUUUUAUUCCUCUAACCAUCAUCCUUCCUGCCCCCUCCUGGUGUAUAUUAUUAAGCUCUCAUUUGUCUCUCACAUUCCUCAUUUAGACUGUAAGCUCUGCAGCAGAGGAACCUGGCUUCUCCGUGUUCCCCAAUUGUGAAACAAUAAAUCAUCAUCAUUAAUUCAUACUCCAGGGAGAGCUGAGCCUAAUCUCCCUGUCUUUUAGCACCACUUAGUGGCUGCCUGAAGUAUGACAUUCUUUUUAUUUGUUAAUUGCAAAU